AUCUGUCUCCUGACUUGCCUGCCCUUUUACCAGCACUUAGUGCUGCGCAGACCCCCACGGACUGUGAUGAAGAGAGGCCAGCCUCAGGAUUUCUUUGCCUCUUUGCCUAUUUAUUUAUUGAGUCAUUGAUUGAUUUCUGCCCCUUUCUUGAAACUUUUUUUUAAAACUUUUCUCAAGAAGGAUUCUCAACUCCAAAGGUAACCGCAUACAGUCAGCAGCCAUGCCUCUGUCCAGGACCCCAGCACCCAACAAGAGGAAAAAGUCCAGGAAGGCGAUCUCCGAGAUCACGCAGGAAGUGUUUGAUGAGGGAGAGCUGAACCUGGGGAAGAAGAUCAGCACUCCCAAAGACAUCAUGCUGGAGGAGCUGUCUCUGCUCGGGAACAAGGGCUCCAAGAUGUUCAAACUACGGCAGAAAAGGGUGGAGAGGUUCAUCUGGGAGAACAACCCUGACAUCUUCAAUGAUGGGUCCAUGGACAGUUUCCAGAAGUUUGUGCCGAGCCUGGGUGGUGCGAUGCAGUCUGGCCACAGCAUGAUGGAUGUGGGGGGUCAGCUGGUCAGCGGUCAGGUGGUGGGCCAGGCGGGCACAGGGAGGCAGCAGCAGGCGCCAGUCCCUCCUCCCAAACCAGGCAUGGGUGGGGCUGGGGGAGGAGCUGGAAGGGCUGGGGGAGGAGCUGGAGGGGCCGGAGGAGGAGCUGCAGGGUCUGUCACCGUGCAGUCCAGCCAGGGACAUGGUGAGGGUGAAGGUCAUCAGAAUGCAGGGAAGGGCGGGUCAAAGCAGAGCAUUACCUUGGUGAGGACUUACAUAUCUCCGUGGGAACGGGCAAUGAAAGGGAACGCGGAGCUAACAGCCACCAUGAGAACCAGCAUGCCAGGGCCCUGCAUCCACAAGAACCUGGUGGAGUACAAGAGCUUCAACAGGACCGCCAUGCCCUUCGGGGGGUACGAGAAAGCCUCCAAGCUGAUGACCUUCCAGAUGCCGGAGUAUGACACUGCGCCGGAGGAGCCAGAGCACCCUGCGAUCUACCAGCUUGACAUCAACUCCCGCCCCUGCUUCAACCGCACUCCCAUAGGCUGGGUGGGAAGCGGGGAGCCCUGCCAGCUGCCUGUGGAUCUGAAGAGUGUGCCUUUCGAAGGGGAGACCGACGACCUGUGAACGACACCACGCUGACAAAUAAACACGCUCACACACUGACACACACAAUGACA